AUGGCGGCCGGAGGGGGAGGCGCUGGCGGGCCCCCUGGCCUCGGCGGCUUCGCAGCGCUGCCCGUGGGCGUGGGCGCGGCGCUGGGCGCGGUGCCGAAGGGGGCCCUCCCGGUGCUGCCCAAGGGCGCGCGGCGCGCGGCACCCAAGGGCCGCGGAGGAGGCCGAGGCGGCCGCGGCCGAGGCAAGGCUGGAGGGGGACCCCCGCCCACGCCUGAGGGCAAGAAGGCUGCGGGGGCCCCUCGGCCGCGGCCUGCAGGCGGAAGCAGGGCCAAGGCGGGCGCAGGCGCGAGCGCUGGGGGCGGCGCAGCUCCAGCAGCCGCCGCGCCCCCGCUCGCUGGGCCGCCUGCUGGGCCGCCUGGCGCCGGAGCAGGGCCUGCGGCCGCGGCGGCCGUGGUCCCCGCGGCGGCGGGGGCCCAGCCAGGGCCCGCCGCGUUCGCCGGUGGCUUCGGGGUCGGCUUCGGGCCACCAGGAGGCGGCGGCGCUGCAGGACGCGGCGGGCUCAUCCCGCCCGCGUUCGGAGGUGGCGCGGCCGCGGGCCCUGGAGGUGGCGGCGGCCUCGUGGGCGGCUUCGGCGUCGGAGGCUGGGGCGCGCCCGCCGCCGCGGGCUGGGGCGGCGCGCCUGGGUUCGACCUCGCCGCGGUCCCAGGUGGCGCUGGACCCUGGAUCCAUGGCCCCUCGGCGCCCCUCGCCCACCAACGCAUGGGACUCAUGCCAGGGACGCACGUGGAGGGGGUGCUUCUCGACAGUGCAUCCAGCGCUGUGGGUACUGCAGUGUUCAUGGUCCAGAGUGCGUGGCCAGGCGACGGGAGCGGCUGCUACGUCGAGGGCGUCUUCGUGGGCACGAGCGCCACGCAGCUGGCGCCCAUGCUGUCUGGGUCCUUCGGCGCCGUCGGCGGGUCGGUCAUCCACCUGUGCUCGCAGCCGUCCUCGCAGUGCUCGCUGGUCAAUCAGUGGCCUUGUCGUGCUGUACUCCACAUCGAGACGUACAGGAUGCGUGACGGGCGGAGCCUCUCGGAGCCGUGGAUACAGGGUGUCCCGCAGCUCGCCGCAGGAGCCGACGGUCAGUCUGGAGCUGUUCCGACGCACGCCGAGCUGCAGGCCAAGGUUGCUGAGCUGAAGGAGCGGCUCCACAGGCGGCGGACGGUGGGUCAGUCUCUGGCCUCGCGUGCCGAGGCUGCUCUGGCGGGGAAGCGGCCUCGCAAGAACAAGAAGGGCGAUGGGGAUGGCAGUGAGUCAAGUUUUGACGACGCCUCGCACGUCGAUGCAGGCCGCCGGAUAAAGACCCUCUCGCGGGAGCAGCCAAGGAACCCCCUGGCCAGCGGGAUGGAGGUCACCAGCCGCUAUCUGGCGCGACGUGGAGGGGCGGCCGAUUCAGAGAGCCUGGAUACGAUGAGCGCGCAGGUCGUUCGCUACAUCACCAGUGUGUGGCACGGGCAUCACCCCCAGAGCGAGAUGGGGGUGAGGAUGAAGGCGAUCGAGCAGGCGACGAAGGACGGGCACUGGCAGGUGGCGCAGCACUUCGAGUUUUGUGACGAUCUCGGAGUGGGCCUGACGCAGUCGGCGGAGCUGGCGGACGCAGUGAGCAAGCACAAGAAGCUCCGCGGCCUGCAGGAGAGCGUCGCGAAGGCCCACAAGACGGGCGCCGCUGGCUAG